AUCUGUGGGUGUUCACUUAACAUGCAGCGUGAGGUGGGUGUGCUGUGGUUAGCAGCUAGCAAUAUAAACUCAAAGGGUGUUGAGUACACUACACUUCGUCGUCUCUGCCUUCGCUCCUGGAGCCUCUGCCCGCCGCCCAUCAUCCUUCCUUGCUCUAUCGACCGACGGAAAUGGAGAGCGGUGAUCAGAGGGGCAAGAAGCCGAAGAUAGAGCUACCCAACGGCAGAGUGAAGCAAAAAGUAGGAGCUGAAGAAACAAACGGAGGAGGAGGUGGUCGGGCAAUCGUGGCGGCGGAAGCUGGCGGCGCCUCGAGGUCGAGGGUGGACAUCACCAUCAACUUCGACAUAACCCUGCUCCAGUGCCCCGUCUGCGCCCUUCCCCUGAAGCCUCCGGUCUUCCAGUGCAAUGCCGAGGGGCACGUCGCCUGCGCGAGCUGCCACGGCAAGCUCCCCGGCAACCGGUGCCACGCCUGCGACCACGGCGGAGUCUACGGCCGCUGCGUCGCGAUGGACGCCGUCGUCCGCGCGGCCAGGGCCCCGUGCCCCUACGACCGGCACGGCUGCCCCAGCUACCUCGCCUACCACGACCUCGGGAGCCACCAGAGCGUGUGCCCGUACGCGCCCUGCUCCUGCACGGAGCCUGGCUGCGUCUUCGCCGGCCCGCCCGCCGCGCUCCUCGGCCACCUCAUCGGCGCUCACUCCUGGCCCGUGCGCAGCAUCCGUUAUGGCAAGGUCCUCAGGCUCCGCGUGCCGGUCUCCGAGCCGCCGCGGGUGCUGCUCGUCGAGGAGGGCGACGGCCGCGUGUUCCUCCUGUCCGGCCUGGUCUCUAGGUCGGUCUCGCUUGUAUGCGUGAGGGCGAACGAGGCGGCGGGGCCGCCGUACACGUGCAAGCUCUGGGCGGAUGCGCCGCCGGAUGUCGCGACCGGCAAGGAGAAUUCCCUCCUCAUGGACUCGACGGUCACGAGCAGCGCGGCGCCAGGCCAGGUCGCCAUGGAGGAGGUGAUGUUCCUGGAUGUGCCGCCGGUCAUGCUGCAUGGAGCUGGAGCGUCCAAGGAGAUGCUCCUCCGCGUUCGCAUCGACAAGCCCUCACGCGUGCCUUAACAAGCGUGCCCCCCUACGACGAGGUUUACUUUGGUUGUCAAGAAAUGUUCAAGUACUUCUAAUCACACAUGAACGCAUCGUUGCAUGCUACUUGUAUCACUCCAAACAUGUUACUGUAUUAAUUUAUUAGAUUGUGUGAUUCUGGGUGCUGAGUUA